AUGAAAAGUCUACACCGCAUCUUAAAAUGCCAGUCUCACUUUCUGAAAGCCAUAAUUUUUACGUUUCUAAUUUCAGCCAAUGCGUCACUGAUACCACUAAGUGCGGAAGAAUUCAUGGAGCCUGGAUAUCAUUGUAAAAAAAAAAUAUAUUCAUUCAGGGUAAUUGAAGAGACUCGUGAAGCAGCUUGUCAUGGGCUCAUAUCAAUCUACGAAACUGCCAGGCGUCCUCGCGUUUACAUUCAUAACAAUAAUUUCGAAGAUUAUAUAUACGAAUGGUCUAUACCUGUAUCUAAAUCUAGAGAUUCUGAAGGUAGUAAAAGAAGAUUUAUUGAAAAAAUUUCUUUUGAUAAUAGAUGUGAACUCAAAGAUGUGCUUUACUACAACGGUUCAACAUAUCAAUAUGAGCCGUGUAAAAAAGUACCCGAUGUUUCAACAAGUACAAGCUCUGAGGUGGAAAAAGUCCCGGCUGACUCUCUCGUUCAUUGCGGAUCGUUAUCUUGGAAAAUUGAAGAAAUUCAAUUGGGCACAAAUAGUCAUUUAUCGAAAUUCUUGAAAGGUCGUUUUGAGGUCAAGAACACAUCUAGUCUAGCCGAUGGUCCAUGGUUGAGAAGCAUUUUGCGAAAACGGAUAACAAUUAGGAAAAUCACACAACUAGUCCCCUACGAAGUCAUAGUAAACAAUCAGAAUGAAGUUCGUGGCGUAAUCGUUACCCAUCACAUAAGCAACAAAGAAACCACAGCUCACGAUUCCAAUCAAACUCAGAGUGAUCUGCUAACUCCGAUAUCGACUUGGAAAAAGGAUGAGAUCAGGCUCGUGUGCUUAUUUGACAAAACAUUUCCACUCCUUUCUCCCGCACUAAUAUCAAAUUCAUCGAGCCAGCGCAAGCGAAAGACUCGAGAAUAA